UAAUCUUAAAUGAAAGACUUUGGUUUCUAAAAAUUUACAGCGUGGUAAAAAAAUAUUUUAGUUUUACCCACACAUUUAAAUAUUCUAACAAUAAUUUUCAUUGAAAUUCAGUUUUGUGAGUAAACUAUGGCCAAAAGAUCCAAUCCGUACACUGAAGAUUUUAUUCAACAACGUAAAAUGCACGUAGGUCUUAAGCAAUUUAAUAACAACGAGGACAGAUUACAAAAAGUAUACGAAAAAACAUUACAACUACUGUUCCGUGGAGCGAAGAAUAUACAAAAUGAUAUUAUACAGAGUUGUGACACAGCACUUGUUGAGAGAAAGGAUGGAAUGAAACAACUUAUUAUUGGCAAAGAUGGCAGCUUAUUACAUUCUGGGAACUUGAUUCCAGAGAAAAAUAUUGGAGUGCAGUAUUGUGCAUGUAACAGGCUUGAGGCAGACAACUGUGCUUACUGUGAAAUGUCCUUAUGUGCUGUGUGCCAGCACCAGUGUAGCAUCUGCCAACAAACCUACUGUUCUAAGUGUUCACUAAUUGGGUCUGAGGGUGCAGAAAUUUGUGUUUCAUGUUACAGUUAAAGUUAUAAAGUACUAUAUUUGUGUUUUAGUUGUAAUUUAUGUUAAUGUGAUACAACCUAUGGGCUAAGAGCCAUUUAAGAAAGAAGCUUUAUUACUGUUUAAGGAAAGAAAUAAAACAAUUGCAUGUUAUAUAAUUAUACAUGAUCUUUUAUUU